GAAGCCCUGGAGGUUACGUAGAUGGACUUGAUCUAAGCUUUCGCAGCCACGUCGGUGAAGACAGAUUCAUUUUUGGCGAUCCGUCAACUUGAAUUCCACCAUCGUCGUGACGAGAACGUUUCGAACAACGUCUCACGGCUUCUUAUGUCACAUCCACUCCAACUGUUUUCCCUCUCUACCAACUCUUUCAUCCUUUGUACCUCUUAACCUACACCAGCUUUCUUAUUUUCAAUUUUUUUAACGUAAAUACUUUUGUCUCUAAAACCCACGCAGCUUCGAGCCGAUUAUCCCUAUUCAAGAACUGCUUCGAGCAUCGGACCGCAAAACAUGUCGCAAUACUACGGCGCACCCCCUCCAAAUCAGUUCGGCGGUGCGGCGGCCGCGCAAAACCUUCAGUUCUACCCUUCGUCGUAUUCACCCGGUAUACCAGCUCAGGGAACCCCGGCGCAAGCAUACGGCUAUGGCGCGCCAACACCUAACCCUGGUGGAUACGGCUUCGGCGCUGCGCCUGGUGUGAGUGGGAGGAUGGGCGAACAAGGUGGCCUGCGGACGGGCUGGCUCGCCGCUUUCUCUACAGAAGGAUAUGAUGGGGAACCGCCGUUGCUAGAAGAGCUAGGAAUCAACUUCGACCACAUCUGGAUGAAGACUUUAGCAGUUCUCAACCCCUUCGGACGUAUAGAUCAACACAUCAUGGACGACUCCGACCUUGGCGGCCCCAUCCUCUUCUUCUUCCUAUUCGGCACAUUCCUACUCUUUAGUGGCAAGGUACACUUCGGGUACAUCUACGGAUUAGCGCUCAUGGGAUCGGUUGCGCUACACACAAUCCUAUCACUUAUGUCUCACGACGGCACCAGUCCCACGACACCUGCUCAAGCCGCCUAUCCUUCUACCCCUGGUUACCCCGGCGAUCCCAACGUGGGCGGUAGAGACGAUUCUAAGGGGCACUUCAGCAGUACUCUAACAUUUGCAAGGAGCGCAAGCGUGCUUGGGUACUGCUUGCUACCGCUAGUCAUAACAAGCCUAAUAGGCAUUGUCAUACCAAUGGACGGACCGCUUGGCUACAUCUUAACCAGUGCGGCAAUCGUUUGGUGCACGACAAGUGCGAGUGGCAUAUUUUGCGCAGUUGGACAAAUGAUGCAAAUGAGGGCCUUAGUAGCAUACCCGUUGAUGUUAUUCUACGUUGGCUUUGGUAUUAUGAGCAUCUUCAGCAGUCGAGGAUCCGGUAGCUUGGGCAAGGCGGCAGGCGUGUCGUGAAAUGGCAUUCAGCUCAUUAAAGAAACUGAAAUACUAGACGUCUAUCGAGGAUCGAUGAUAGCAGAGAGAAGGUUUAGUCCGCGUUGGACCACGAUAGAUCAUCAUAUUCUACCAACAGGCAAUGUAUUCGGUUGCUGGUAGCCGAUGGCGGCAGUCCUGGGGAAGAGGGGUGUAAGACAACAGGCGAAAUCAGUUGAUGUUAAUGGGAGUAAUGUGCCCGCCAUCUACCGUGUUAAACAAAUAAUAUGACAAAACAUACACAAUUGCUAUGAUUUAACUAACCGGGAAUUACUUACCCCCGUUUGCGAUGAGAAAUCUCAAGAAACCUCAAGUCCCUUAAGAUUUAACAGCGAGAGUACAAGACUACCUUACCUAGGUACCUAACCUACAUGCAACUUACCUACCUAUGAAAAGGUCUCAAGGCGUACAACGAAAAUGUACCCCAUUACAAGCGGACUUUCACGUGUCUAGACUUUUCCCCCUU